AUGAAUAUGGCUCUACAUAUUCCAUUCAGCUCCUUUACCCUGGCUUUUAAAAGCACGGAUACCCCGAACGUGUAUCAGUGUAUGACGUUUGGAGGCUUCGCCACCUCCAAUGCCCAGUAUUUGCCUGAAAAUGGUGUAAUAGUCCUAAAGCAGGCACCGGGCACGGAGGAUCUUCCACUUCCCAGUCCCGUACUACUUGAUUGUCAUUAUCGGCUUGCCGAGAUCCUAAAUGCUUCUGGUAUGGGCAAUGUUAUCGAUGAGCACUGGCGGCGCUGGGGGGAAUUGAAGGCUACAGUCCAACACACGCUGCAGCCGAAUGGAGAUAGUGAUUUGGGUAAUCUGCUAAGAACUGCUUUGUGGCACCGCGUGAGAACGUAA